AGAGCACAGUGGAAUAUGAUGGUCAAACUGAAAACCUCGUAACCAUUGCCCACAGGGGGCGGGUGUGUACACGCCACAUUACAGAGGCACAAAAAACAGGAACAGUGUGCACAGACAUCCCCGUGGGCAGCAUGAGAGACGGACGUGGGAUACAGUUCUUCGGGAUUGUGCUGGAGGGGGAACAGAGUCUGUUGAGGGCCCUUCUGUCGAGGCAGUGUGUGCUCUGCGAAUAGGCAGGCUCAGCUCCAGGAGGCAGAAAGAGGAAGGUGUAAGAAUGGAACUCAGAAUCUGGUCGAUGUCGCUCACUCUCACAGCUCUCCUGAUGCUUGCUGGAGCGAGUUUGGUGAGGUCUCUGGGGAACUGCACCGUGGUUGACAUGGUGGCAUUCUGUAAGGAACGCAGGUUUAAACAUGUGCCAGAAGGUCUGCCCAUAAAAACCAAAGAGCUCCUUCUCAAUGGAAAUGGAAUUAAAGCAAUACACAAUAAUUCACUGUCUGCAUACAGGCAUCUGCACACACUGGACCUGAGUGGGAAUCAGCUUGAACUCAUUGAACCUGCAGCCUUCUCCCACAAUAAGGACCUACAAAAUUUAAACCUAAUGAACAACCGGAUUGAUAUAAACUACACAAAGACGCGACUGGCACUAAGAAACCUCUCAGCUUUAACUCGCCUGGAUUUAUCUGGGAAUAGACUCAGCGAAGUUGCAGUGAGCGAUAUUGUACAAAAUCUGACCACACUGGAAUACCUAUCUCUGGCCAGAAAUUUCAUCAUGAGAUUGGAACCAAGCACACUGGAGGGCCUUGCCCAACUUCGAGAAUUAAACCUGGAGAGCAAUUAUAUCUAUGAAAUUGAAGGUGGGACGUUUGAAGGUUUGAAAAGCCUAACCAGGUUGAACCUUGCCCACAACCACAUCCCAUGCAUUGUAGAUUUCAGCUUGUACCAAGUGAAAACAUUAAAUAUCACUCACAAUGUGGUGGAACUGUUUUUAGCCAGAGAGAGUGAGACUGAAUUCCAACUGGAAACUCUAGACCUGUCCAAUAACAAACUGCUGUUUUUCCCACUCCUACCCAAACACAGUAAGCUCAAAUUUCUAUUGCUGGCAGACAAUGAGAUGAAUUUUUACAACGACCUGGCGAAUGACUCAUCUUCUGAGGUCCAGUUCAUCCAAAUAGUUGGAAAUGUGACCAACAUUACUUCCAUAAAUCUAUGGGACGAGGUAAUUUCCAUAAAUUUGCCUGAACUGCAGUUGCUGGAUAUGAGCCGGAAUUCGGUUCGAUAUCUCCCUCCCGGAUUUCUCCGAGGAAUAACCUCACUGUCAGCUCUACUACUCGACCAGAACUGUUUAAGGACCUUCUCUCUAACAGAGCAAGAUUCUCUCCUCUUUCUUCAGGCGAUCGAUCUCAGUCAUAACCAGUUGUCCCAGUUAAAUUUCAAUAUCAGCAGGCUUUGGAACCUAAACUAUUUCAACCUCAGCUUCAACAAUUUGGAAUCAGUGCCAUCAGAUCUUUUUACAAAGAUGCCUUGGAUUACAACUUUAGACCUCAGUCACAACAAGAUCUCUGUUUGUGACUACCCUUUAGGAAAUAGGAGAAGGACUUCUGGCAGAGGCUGUGCUGCGUUGGCCCAGCUCAAAUCGUUGAGGCAACUUUAUCUGUCUGACUGUGAUUUGGCCACACUACCUGCCAAUGCUUUUGUUGGCUCACCCUUAACCCAUUUGGAUUUAUCAUCCAAUGCUGGAAUCCGAUUGGAGGUGAGCACGUUUCGAGCUGUGGCCAAGUCUUUGCAAUCCUUAUCUCUGAGGAACAAUGGAUUAGACUCGGACCAAAUAGGUUCUGGGUUGCAAGUGACUUUCAGCGAUCUGAAGACUUUGGACUUGUCUGAAAAUUCCAUAACGAGUCUUCAUCCCAUCCUCAAAACCCUUCCCCUAAGAUUGCUGGACCUACGGAAGAACAGACUGUCUGUGCUUCAACAGGAUGCUCUUCAGAGCCUGUUGGAAAGUCUUCAAACUCUGUACUUGAGUGGCAAUUCCUUUGAUUGUUGCCAGUUGAAAUGGUGGACCUUCCUAGUCAAUGCCGAGUCAUUGACCAUUCCUGACAGAUCCUUAGUCACUUGCAACACGUCUUUCAGACUGGAGCACAUCGAUAGGAUUUCCCAGUCUACCAAAGCUAACUGCAAAUUUGAUAACACUGUUUUAAAGUAUUUCUUGUUGUUGCUGCCCACAAUUCUGUGCAUCCUCACUGUCUGUGUAAUGGUUCUACUCUCUUUGAGUUCCAAGUUGUUGCCCAAGUAUGUGAAAGCCAAAUGUGGGUCGGGGGCUGAAUAUUAGUCAGGAUCUGUGCCAGCUCAAGGAGCCCAUUGCGGACACUGACAAUGCGUUGGGAAACUGCAUGUCAUGCUGCUAACAUGGGGAGUGGUGCCUACUGCCUCCCCGGGUGCAGCCACGCCAAGGUGGGGCACCGCCUGCGGAUUUGGCAACGGUCACACUGUGGUGUGUGAACACUGCGCUCGAGUGUAAGCACUAAUAAUUGGAAAGGUAAUAAAAUGUGAGGCUGGAUGAA